GAACAGGUACCUCUCGUGGCCCUUUUCUUUCCCUCCUGCUCUCCGUCAGCUUUUCAAAUGUUUUAAAGUUACCCAGUCGCUCUUUUGCUGUGCUGCAUGCCCCAGGCCAUACACGUUCAUUCCUUACUCGACGGAAGAAUAUACUCACUCCCCAAGAUCGACACCAUGGCUGAACUAGCCAACACUCUCGCCUUCGCAGCAUACGAUCAACAGUCCUCUCUUUACGUACAAAGCUUCGCUGCGAGCCCCGUGCAGAAUGAUGCAGAAAAGCGUGAGACUAAGUAUGAGGCCACGCCUCGCGAUCGCGACUCCGGCGUCUUUCUCUCGGAUAGCGAAGACAUCGCCCCGCCUCCAUCCAGAACUCCAUCCAUCUCUUUAAAGCAAGCGCCUUCCACAACGGCCACCACGACACCCCAACGCACUGACUCGAUAUCGCGGCGUCUCCGCCGCCCCGCAGAGCUCAACCUGUCUGGCGGCACCCAGGACUCGCCGAAGCCAAAGUCUGAGCUCGAAUUGCGAUAUGAUAUGAUUCGCAAUUCGCAGAAUCGGUCCAAAGCCGCAUUAAAAUCGCCUACACAGCUAUUAAACGAUCGCCUAAACCUAAGCCCCAAGAAGGACAAGCACGAGGAGAAAGUGCGCAUAUUCAAUCCGCCGCGACCGAUGCUGAACGGUUGCAUACUACCCGGGCCUGCAGCGCAGAUGGAAGCAUUUACCGGCGCUUCGGUUCGAGCACGGACGGAGAAAGGAGGAAGGCCGGCGUGGUGGUGCAAGUUCGACAAGGUUGUCGUAUUUGACGGCAUCGAAGAAUCAGACGGUGUAGAGAUGAAGUUCAAGACGCGGACUAGCAAGGGGCUGACCGUCGCGAGACGGCGCGGGGACACUGAGACUGUGGUGAUCCCUAUGAAUUGCGCGCAUUGCCGGGAGAUGCUGAACAGGGAGGAGUGGAAGUAUGAUGUGCAAGUCUGCAAGAGAGGGGUGUGCUGGGACUGUAAGGAGAGGUGCCGGUGGGAGAUGGAACAAGGGAAGGUGGAAGAGAGCAUUGACGGAAAGACUGAUGAGGCAAGGAACGAGGCGAACCGGGAAAGAGCGGAUAGUGUAUUGCAGGAUGGGCAGGCUCACGAGGAGGAGCUGAUGGAAAAGAUUGGGAUUGAGCAAAGUCCGAGGACGCCAAUCGAAGCCGUGGGUGGCAUUGAGGAGCGACUGGAGUUUGCAGAAUCCCUCGUUGUGGUUUAAAGGGGUUGAACGGGAAGGAAUGAAAGAGACGAGCAAGUCCUCCGGCAGGCAAAUUUGGAACCUUCUUUGUACAUAUUGAGAAUGAUCUUACUUUUCGUUGAAGUCUG